AUGACAACUAAAAUUCAAGAAAAUACUAGAUCGGGUUCUGAUACGUUAAAAGAUUAUGGCAAAGGAACUUUAUAUAUCUCAGGAAAAGUUAUUGAUGCCGUAGCACCUUAUAUACCAUUAUUCGAUAUCGCAACGAAAUUAAUUAAAGAAAUUAUUGAUCUUCACGAUGCGGCUCAAUUUAACAAAAAUACAUGCGCCAGGUUAAUGGAACGUGUGAUUGACGCUCGGGGUGCAAUUGAAAAAUUGCAACGGACCAAAAAAAUUAAUGAAGAAAAAUUUAAAGAUCAAAAUUUUUAUAAUACUUUUCAAAGAUUUGCGAAUACUUUAGUUAAGAUUAAAGUAUUCGAGGAAGAAUUAUUAAAAAUGGGAAAUCUUAGAAAAACGUUUGAGGCAAGUUUAAUCAAAGAAAAGUUUAUGAACUUGACAAGUGAAUUCGACACUGCAAUGAGAGAUUUAAACUUCAGUAUGAUGAUUGAUAAUGAAGCUCAAAGGAAAAGAGAUUUUGAAAGUUUAGAAGAAGACCAUGACGAAAUAAAAAAGCUUCUUAUUUAUACUAGAGAAACUGUAAUUGAAAAGGUCGAAAAAGUUGUUCAAGAAGUUCAAGUAAUGAAGUCACAACUUGAAGAAAAAAUUGAUAGUAUUCAUGAUCAAGUGGGAGAUAAACCAGUUUUUAGACCGCUAAAAAUAGAUGCUAAUCAAUUACAAUAUUGUCGCACAUCUUUAGCACCUCAUAAUGCGAAAAGAGUUAAGAGAAUGUAUCAACGAGUCAUUGAAGUUGAGUGUAAAUCUAUAAAUCUCAAUGAAAAAACGAAAGUUCAAACAUAUCUAGCAAUGAUAGGGAAAUUAGGAAUAUGUCCAUAUAUUCUCAAAUUUCACGGGUUAUCUAAAGAUGAAGGGAAAGAUGUUCAAGUUUUAGAAUGGACAGAGUUAGGAUCUUUGAAAGAUUUUUAUGACCGACGCGAUAUUGGGUGGGAAACAAAAGUAGUUAUAGCUCGUGAUAUAUGUCGUGGUAUUGCAUUUUUAAAUUCGGUGAACGUAUUUCAUCAUGACAUUCGUUGUGAGAAUAUUAUGUUAACAGAACGUUAUGAACCCAAGAUUGCAAAUUUUGAUAUGGCUCGUGAGAUUAAUGACAUAUCUAAGGAAAUUCCAGACCUAAAAGUUUUACGUUGGAUGGCUCCAGAAAAAAUGGAAGGAAGAAGAUAUGAUACAAGAUGCGAAAUUUUCAG